UGUCCAGAAGGGGGCAGCAAAACCUCCAUUCAUAACCUAUUCUACCGGAAAUACAGGAGACGAAGAAGAAGACGACGACAGUGGACAACACCAGGGAGACGACAUCGGUUGAUUCGUUGUCAUGGAGCGAUGCUUUAGUGUCAGCAGGGAUGGUUCAGCUCCUCCAUCAUCACCUCCCCCUCCUCCACCUCCUCCUCCUCACAGCCUCCCUUCUCCUCGCCAACCCCCUCCCUCCUCCCUCCUGUCAGCUGUGACUGCUCCCCCCCGACGAGAAAGGCUGAGAGUUGCAGGAGCCAUGGUGGACGUCAGUAAGUGGCCCCUGUUUUCUCUGCUGAGCGCCGAGGAGCUGGCCUCAGUGCGGCAGGCCUGCGUGUUUGGGACCUCUGCUAAUGAAGCCAUUUACAUCACACAUGCUAAUGAGGUGUUUGUGUUUGGGUUGAACAGCAGCAGCUGCCUGGGUACAGGAGACAGUCUGAGCACCAUAGUGCCGAAGAAGCUGGACUUCCUGCGGGGGAAGAAGGUGGUCAGCCUGAGCUAUGGAAGUGGGCCUCACGUCCUGCUGGCUACGGAGGACGGACAGCUGUUUGCAUGGGGACACAACGGCUACAGUCAGCUGGGGAACGGGAACACCAACCAGGCUCUGUCUCCGCUGCUGGUCACCGCCAACCCUCAGAACAAGAAAGUGAGGGAGGUGGCGUGCGGCUCGCAUCACUCCAUGGCGCUCACUCAGGACGGAGAGGUGUUUGCAUGGGGUUAUAAUAACUGCGGUCAGAUUGGCUCGGGGUCCACAGCCAACCAGCCUUACCCCAGGAAAGUCACCGGCUGCCUGCAGGGGAAGAUUGCUAUCGGCAUCUCAUGUGGACAGACCUCCUCCAUGGCUCUGAUCGACAACGGAGAGGUGUACGGCUGGGGGUAUAACGGUAACGGACAGCUGGGUAUUGGAAACAAUGGAAACCAGCUGACGCCUUGCCGCCUCUCUGCACUCCAGGGGCUGUGCAUGCAACAGAUCGUGUCGGGGUACAGCCACUGCCUGGCGCUGACUGACGAAGGGCUGCUGUACGCCUGGGGAGCAAACACCUACGGGCAGCUGGGGACGGGAAACAAGAGCAACCACCUCAGCCCGGUGCAGAUCCUGGCCGACAAGGAGAGGAUUGUCGAGGUCGCAGCGUGCCAUUCAACACACACCUCAGCAGCCAAGACCCAAAGUGGGCUGGUGUAUAUGUGGGGUCAUUGUCGGGGUCAAUCCAUCCUCAUGCCACACCUCACACACUUCACCAGCACCGACGACGUCUUCGCCUGCUUCGCCACGCCCUCCGUCAUGUGGAGGCUCAUGUCUAUGGAUCACGAUGACUUCCUGACGGUCUCCGAGGCUCUGAGGAAAGAGUUCGACAGCCCAGAAACGGCCGACCUUAAAUUCAGCGUCGACGGAAAGUGUAUUCACGUUCACAAAGCUGUGCUGAAGAUCAGGUGUGAGCACUUCCGCUCCAUGUUCCGCUCCCAGUGGACGGAGGACCAGCAGGACGUGAUCGAGAUCGGCCAGUUCUCCUACCCCGUCUACAGAUCCUUCCUGCAGUUCCUCUACACCGACACUGUUGACCUUCCACCUGAGGACGCCAUCGGCCUGUUGGACCUGGCCACUUCUUACUGUGAAAACCGUCUGAAGCGCCUGUGUCAGCAGAUCAUCAAGAGAGGGAUCACCGUGGACAACGCCUUCACUCUGCUGUCCGCCGCCAUCCGAUACGACGCAGAGGACCUGGAGGUGUUUUGUUUCCGGUUUUGUGUAAACCACCUGACUCAGGUGACUCAGACUGGAGCUUUCUGGCAGGUGGACGGAGCGAUGCUCAAAGAGUUCAUCAGCAAAGCCAGCCGCUGCGGAGCCUUCAAGAACUGAGUGGAGCUCUUAGGAUUUAUCAAACUGUACCCUGACCAAGAUGAUGUGCUCUGGAUGUGAGCAACUCCAAAAGCAUCAGGUCUGAUCACACUCCUGAGGGCGCACAGGCAGCAUCGCUCACCAGAAGGAUGGGAAUUAAGCUUCAUUAUCGACGAAUCUGAAGUCAGCACUUUGGGACAUUCCUGUGGAGGCACUCGGCAAAGUCAUGGCGCCUUUUCCUCUCACACAUUCUUUACAUGCUGUAUGUAUACUUGAAUAUAUGUUUGCUCGGCCAGUGCUUCCUGUACUUAAGUUGACAUGAUAGACCAAAGACCUGGAAGAAAUAGCAGGCUUUGAUAGCUUUGAUGACUGACUUGCUCUGGCCAGGAGAACCACCGUACUGAAACACUUUGAGUUUCCAUAUCUAUCAUUUCCAAAAUACAGUGUUAGGUAAAAGUACACACAACAAGAUCCAGGUCCUACUGUGGGUUGUACUGGGUCACUUAUUCUGCACAGUGUAAAACCGUUGUGGGAUGUAUAAUAAUGUACUUUUUAUACUCUUUUCUUUUGUAUUAAGACGUUAUUUUUCGCCCUAUGGCACCUUUAAGAAACGGUUGCUUCUUCUUCAUAUUUAGUAAAACAGUAAUGGUUCAAAUAGUUUGACACACUGUGUAAGGGGAAAACUAAGUUAAAGAAAGUUGCAUUAGAAGCGUUUAGGGCACUGUUACAUUACGAGCAGAUGAUUUCUUUCUGUGACAAUGUAAAAUGUGUUGCAUAGUAUUCCUCUCCACACUGGGACUGUCAACAAACUGAUCGAAGGUUGGUGUUUGUGUUUGCUAAUCUUAUCGGGACAUAUACAAAGAAACAAACGACAAUGCAAACUCAGUUAGACCAAAUGAUUCCUUAAUGAUUCCUCUGUAAGGACACUUUCUCUGCACGUACAAUGACAAUGCACAAAACACUGUAAGAUAAGGCAAUCGGAGUACUUUGAAAUUCUCUGUAGGGAUAAAUGAGAUGUUUGUUUAUAUUCGGUUUGCUUUGGCUUAUGAUGACAAAAAACUGCCUAGUCCUCACUUUCUGUUCCAUCACUGGGUGUAAGAGGAUAAAACAGAGCAGAUCAGUUUCUGUUACUUCUGUAGGUUUCAUGUUCUUUAUGCACUCAGAUGCUUCAAAGAACCACUUUGAUUCCUUGCAGUUAAUUACAUUGAGGUUAGUACAUGCUUUAGUGGAGCAAUGAGCUGGUUUCUUAUGAAACUGGAAGAAAAGAUUGUGUUGCUUUCUGUAUUAAGAUAUAAAAUAUAUUUUGUAUUGUGCUUUGUUUAGCAUUUCUUUAAAUAGGACAAUCAUUACAAUCAGCAUUACAUUAUUUGGUUGUAUGAUUGUUUUUUCUGCUGUUACAUAACUGACAUGUUUCUUUUAUAUUUAGUUAUUGAAUUACAUGUCACAGUGAAGAAAUAAAUAACUUGUUUCCAUAUAAUGCUUAUUUGGCUCUUAAGUAAUUACGUCAUAUUUCUUAUCAUUUUAGUUCAUUAAUGUUUGAAGUAGUCUUCAUAGUGUAAAAAGAAAGCAGCGGUUUAUUCAAUAUAUAUGAACAUAUGGUGGUUUGCUGCCAGCUGGUGGAAUAAAUGGGUAUCUAACAAAC